CGAAUCUUCAGGCACAAAUAGCCGCCCGCCCGCCCGCCGGCUUAACCGGCGAACUCGUGCCUCUCCCGCCGCCGCCGCCACCGCCACUACCACCUGAUUUGCUCGUGCCGUCGCGCGGCAUCACAGAUUCCCCUCCUCCGGUUGGCGGCAUCCUGCUGAUUUGCGUCGUAGCCCACCCCCGCGCCGAGGUUCCGCCCGCAUGGCGAGGAACCCGGGCCGCACGGUCUACAUUGGUAACUUUGAUGAAAAGGUAUCUGAAAGAAUCCUGUAUGAGAUUCUUAUUCAGGCAGGUCCUGUAAUAGACCUGCAUAUACCCUUUGACAAGGAGAAUAGUCGUCUCAAAGGUUAUGCUUUUGCUGAGUAUGAAACUGAGGAAAUCGCCCAGUAUGCUGUUAAACUUUUUUCAGGACUUGUUCGGAUCAAUGAUAAAGCACUUAAAUUCGUGAUUGCUGGUCAUGUCAAACCCUCUUCAGAUGGCAAAAACCCAGUAAUGCCUGAGCUCAACACUAUACCGUCUUCAAAUGGCAAUAACCCAGUAAUGCCUAAGCUCAACCCUAUACCAUUACCAAAACGGACUCAAUUCGCGCGUUGUAGUGAUAUGCCCGUGUCUCAUACCCCAGCAUAUCCAGUGGUAAACGGCAGGAUUGCAGGUUAUGGUUUCUGUCCGACUCCCUAUCCAUAUGGUGUUCACCCUCAAGCUUUAUCAGGCGGACCGGUGCACAACCAUGGCCAGGUAAGCAAUGGUACGUAUGAUUACAGUAGGCAGGCUUUUGGUUCUGUUCUGAACAUUGCCCAUAGAGGUCCUGUUAUGAAUGCCUUUGCACAAGGAGCUGCGAAUCAGCCAAUCAUGUACCCAUCCUACUAGCACCAAGGAAUGUAUGUUGAGAGAGUAGCCAGGUUCCACAUAGCUUCUAGAUGCCUCAGUAUCUCAGGAGCAUCUAGAUUGUAGUACAUCAUAGUCAUGCUCGUUCAUGUAAAUAUGGUUAUUAUCUCUUCUAGAUCUUCAGAAGUAGGCUACCAUGUUGUUUCUUAAAGGCAGAAGCCCUGUCCUGUUCUGUACUCUGAUUUCAAAACUCUGAAGCCAGCAGAUAUUCACAAAAGGAGAGUGAGGUGCACUAUUGUGUUCGUGCCAGCCACAUAAAUGGAUCUAACUCAUUUGGGCUGGACUGCUGGAAACAGAAAAUUCCUGAAUGCUAGACUUUCAUCUAUAUAAGUAUUUGUGUUGACAUUGAAGAUUGAAAGUGAGUUAAAUGAUAGAAAACUCAGUUGUAGUCA